CCCAGGGCACACAGCACAGCCGAAGGUCCACCGCAGGCUGGCCAGCGCUCCACCCUCCCUGCACCACACCCUGCGAGCAAAAGGCAGCAGAAAUGAAGAGCAUUUACUUUGUGGCUGGAUUGUUUGUAAUGCUGGUACAAGGCAGCUGGCAACACCCGCUUCAAGACACAGAGGAAAAACCCAGGUCUUUCUCAACUUCUCAAACAGACUUGCUUGAUGAUCCGGAUCAGAUGAAUGAAGACAAGCGUCAUUCACAGGGUACAUUCACCAGUGACUACAGCAAGUUCCUCGACACCAGGCGUGCUCAAGACUUCUUGGAUUGGCUGAAGAACACCAAGAGGAACAGGAAUGAAAUUGCCAAACGUCAUGAUGAAUUUGAGAGGCAUGCUGAAGGGACCUUCACUAGUGAUGUGAGUUCUUAUUUGGAAGGCCAAGCUGCCAAGGAAUUCAUUGCUUGGCUGGUGAAAGGCCGAGGAAGGCGAGACUUCCCAGAAGAAGUCACCAUUGUUGAAGAGCUCCGCCGCAGACACGCCGAUGGCUCUUUCUCGGAUGAGAUGAACACUGUUCUGGACCACCUUGCCACCAAGGACUUUAUCAACUGGCUGAUUCAGACCAAAAUCACUGACAGGAAAUAAGUGUGUCACUAUUCAAGACCGUCUUCACGUCACCUGCAAUCCAGUGGAAUGUUUGAAAAUUUAAGUUCUGCAAUUUUAAGAGAUGUAUUCUGAAUAUUGCUUUGCAUGCUAAUAAGUUUUCUUUUAGCAUUGUGUAGCCAGAUGAUUAUAAAUGGAAUAAACUUUUGUCAAAAUAUUGCUAAAAUAUCAAAUUUACAGUAUAAACGUCCUGAAUGCUCUUGUUUUUGUCUUAUUUUCAUUGAAGUACCCCAACUUGCUUAUAUGUAGCAAUGAAAUUAUUUUUCUAUUAGAUAAUUUGUAAAUGUAAAAUUAUUCCAAUCUGAGCAUACAUGCAAUGCAAUACCAGGAAAAAGGAAGAAUUGGUAGACACAGUAGUAAAACUGAAAAGAGAGCUUCUUAAAGCCUUUAUCAUAAAAAUGCUCAGCUUUCAAUGUAUCAAAUAGAAUAAAAUUUUCAAGCUUCUUU